UUUUCUUUUUGCUAGUGAACUCGACUUCCCAAUUAACGUUUAGUGGUACGAGAGCAGAGGAUAAACGAUUGUGGCGAUUAUAAAAUGAAUAGAAUUAAUAUGGUUUGGCUCUGGGCAUCUCUUUGUAUGAUUCUGGCGAGUGUGUUGGGUGUAUCACAAUUCACCAAGAAUGACGUGAAAGAUGUACCCUCGGACAGAUAUGAGCUCUAUCCAGCAUGUACGACACUUUUGAGAUCUCAGGUUAAUAUCGAGAUGCAUGCCAGCCUUACCUACAUGAAUAUGGCUGCGCACUUUGAUCAGAAUGGUGUUGCUAGAAAAGGAUUUGCAAAACUCUUUAGGAAAAAUUCCAUGGAAGAAAGAGAGCAUGCGCAGAAAUUUAUCGACUAUCUAAAUUUAAGAGGAAGUAAAUUUACAGAUUUUAACAUCGAUAUGCCUGAUAAAACUUCUUGGGGCAGCGCCACUGAAGCUGUGAAUGAUGCAAUAGUCCUUGAAAAAGAAGUCUACAAUCAUCUUCAUCAUAUUCAUGACAUAGCUGAAAUACACUGUAAAGAUGCCCACCUGAUGGAUUACUUGGAGCAUGAGUUUUUCACAGAACAAGUGGAAUCCAUUGAUGGCUUCAUUCGACAUGCAUCUAGGCUUGGAGCUAUGUCCGACAGCAACGGUCUUGCCGAGUAUCUCUAUGACAGGGAGCUACUGGAAACGAUGGAAGACGACUAAAAUUUUAUUUAUAGCUUCGUACUCAAAUCAGAGCUUGUAUCGAGCCAUUUGUCACUAUAUGUGUUUUUCAUAUAUGUUUUGAAUUUAUAAACAAUGAAUAAUACAAAUAAAUUCAUUCAUUUAUUUCAAA